CGAAGUAAUGGCCAGCCAAAGGAUCUUCACGUCUUUCUCCGACCUGCGGCCGGAAUAUGACUUUGUAAUCGUUGGUGCCGGCAUUGGCGGCAGCGUGCUGGCUAAUCGUCUCAGCGAGGACCCUUCAGUCACUGUUCUCGUCGUCGAGGCCGGUGGAAAUGAAUCCGAGAACCUCCUGGUGCAAGUCCCCUUUUUGGGCGUGCAGCUGGCUGGGGGUCCUGCGGACUGGAAAUACGUUACAGCCGCCCAGAAAGGUAUGGUGGACCGCACUAUACCUUGCGCGAGGGGCAAGGCUCUCGGAGGCACCACCUGCAUAAACCUGCUGUUGUGGCAAAACGGUGGAUCAGAUCUAUGGGAUAACUGGGCGAAGAUCACGAAAGAUGAAGGCUGGGGCUGGGAGACCGCACAGAAGUGUUUCAAGAAGGCGUCUCACCUCGCUCCGCCUGCUGGCGGACGGGAUAUACAUGGCUUCGUUGAGCCAUCUGCGCACGGGCAGGGUCCUGUAGCGGUCAGUGCCCCCGGUUACCCAUAUUCACUCGAUAAGCUUUCAAUCGACGCCGCUGAGGAAUUAGGCGGAACUUGGAGCUUCAACAUAGACUACAAUCCUGGGAAUAAUCUCGGCACAAGCUACGUACAGUCUACGGUUGGUAAUGGACAGCGUAGUAAUUCUGCACACGCAUACCUAUAUCCCGCUGCUAGUCGCCCGAACGUGGAUAUCCUGAUCAAUACUCAGGUCACUAAACUUGUACCUGUGUCUGGCAGUCAGCCUGCGAACUUCCGCAAUGUCGAGCUGGCACACGCCCGAGAUGGACCUAGACACAUUGUCAUUGCGAAGAAAGAAGUCCUCCUUGCAGCCGGUGUCAUUGGCUCACCCCAAAUCCUACAGCUGUCCGGCGUUGGGUCUCAAGAGUUGCUCUCGUCCCACGGCAUCCCUGUCCUGGUGAACAACCCCGACGUUGGAAGCAACUACCGGGACCACCCCAUGGCCUCCCUGCACUUUGAGGUCGACCUUGCCGAUACGUGGGACCCCGUGGUGCGCAGCCCCGAUGCGAUAAAUGCCGCACUUGGGCUGUGGAAGGAGAAGCGCCAGGGGCUGCUCGUCAACGGACCAGCGAACACCUUCAGCCUGCUUCGCUUGCAGGACAGCGACCCAGUAUUCCAGAAGCACCCGGAUCCUGCCUUGGGCCCCCGCUCGGCGCACGUAGAGCUGGUUAAUAUCAAUGGUUUUGCGCCGUUCGGGAAUGUGGUCCCGCCAACCACCGGAAAUUACAUUUGCGUCCUCGCUGAAGUUGCAUCUCCGCUGUCAAGCGGGACUGUGCAGAUCGCGUCGCCCGAUGCGUUCGACGCCCCAGCCAUUGACCCUGCGCUGCUCACGCAUCCGUUUGACCAGGCGGCCAUGACGCGCGCCAUCACCUGUGCCCUCACGUUCACACGCUCAACGCCGCUCAAAGGUCACAUCAACGGCCCCGUCGGGCCAACAGCCACGAUCGACGAUGACGACGCGAGCAAGCUCGCGUUCGCGCGCGAAAACACGUAUACGAUGAAUCACCCAUGCGGCUCGUGCGCCAUGGCGGCGGAUGACGCGCCAAACGGCGUCGUAGACUCGAAGCUGCGCGUCAAAAGCACGGCAGGACUCCGCGUCGGUCCCACGAUGCCGAGCUGCCAUAUACAGGCUGUCGUGUACAUCAUCGCAGAACGGGCUGCGGAUCUUAUCAAGGCGCAGUACGGGCUGGCCAAGUAG